AUGGCUGACUUAAGUGUUGAUGUAUCAAAGUUGCCGGACGAGAUCAGAGAUAAAUUAGCUGAGUUAGACUUGGAGUUAUCUGAAGGUGAUAUUACCCAGAAAGGCUAUGAGAAGAAACGUUCCCGUCUGCUCACCCCAUACAUCGCCCAGCAGCAACCACAGGCAGGCAAUCAGGCGGUGCGGGGCCCGCGCGGCGACGGCGGCAGCGGUCGGCAGCACACCAGAAACCGACGGACCCACCGUCGUGUCACUCACAAUGAGAAGCGAUACCACUCAGGAGACGCUCUUGUAAAAGGCGAACAAACUCUAAAGCGCCUCCAACUAUGCUACUCAUUUUGCUCCUACCUCAGGGACCGUCAACUGUGGCCAAUUCCGUUUUUACAUUAUGUUGCUGAU